AUGUCAUUGGUCCCCAAGGUCGUUCACAGAAGAUGUUCGUCCGUAGCGCCUCCAGGCAAGCUCAUCCUGUGUCACCUGCUGUGUCAGCUGAGCCCUCCCCUCGGCGCCACAUGGAGCGGGCUUCGGUGCAAACGACCAUGCCAGGUACUUAAACCACGAGGCCCUCUGCCCUCCAGAUUGUUGUUGCAAACCUCCCAGAACACCACCACGCAAACAAAGGCAACAGAAAUGGCACCUGCCAGUGAGAAUGAGAUGGACACCGCCCGCAAGAACCAGCAAGCCAGACACUGGCUAGUUACGUCCCCGAGGACGGCGUCAAACCUGCUCAUCAAGAUGCUCAACCUUGACGAGCAAGGCGUCAGGCCGUCGCACCAGGGAGGAUACUUUUUCAAGCCUUCUGUGUUUGUCCGCUUCCCGUUGCUCUUCCAUGAUGGGCCUAUCGACAGCUGGGCGCAGGAAGACCGCGUGGCUGUCGCCAAAGUCAUGCAGAGCUGCCUCGAGACACUGCAAGAUCACCUCGAAGCCUCAGAGGCUGCUGGCAACACCAUCUUUGUCAAAGAACACGCAAUGUUCGUGAGCAAUCCUUCGAUCGAGUCGCACUUCCUCCACCCAGACCACCCUCCAGAAUGGCGGAGCCCGGUCCUGGAAGCUCGCGGUAUGGCCAGCCAGACGCGCAGCGCGCUCAACAUCACAGCUCUGCCGGAUGAGUUCCUGCACACUUGGACGCCGACGUUUUUGAUCCGUCACCCGGCGUUGAUGCUGUCAUCAUACUAUCGUACUUGCCUGGACCACAUGAAGAUGGCGGCAGCUGCCGCAGCUGCGGCGCCGACCGCGGCAACUGGGCCCCCGAAGAGGAAGAAAGGGGAACCGACGGAUCUCGAGAUGUCGAUGAAGUGGAUUCGGACGCUUUACGACUUCUAUGCCGACUACUUUUCUCGGGAGGGCAAGGCUGGCCCAGUGGUACUUGAUGCGGACGACAUCAUGAAGCACCCAACACAGCUGGUGCCGCGGUACGCUUCGCUUGUCGGCAUGGAUCCGGCCAAGGUGCGGCUCAGCUGGGAAAGGCCAAGCGAGGCGUCCGUGAAAUGCCUGUUGCCAAACGAGCGGCGAAUGCUGAGCACAAUUCUGGCAUCCUCGGGUAUAGAUGCUUCCAAGGCGGCAGGCGACAUCGAUAUUGAGCAGGAAGCUGUGAAGUGGAAGGAGGAGUUUGGCGAGGAGCGAGCACGGAAGCUCGCGGCGUGGGUGCGGGCUGCGAUGCCAGACUAUGAGUUUCUGCGCGCCAGACGAAUGCGUGCCGAGUAAAGGUAGUUUUGAUAGUCGCGUUGUGGUUCAAUGGACGGCGGUUUGUUGUCGACGCAGAUCCAGCAUGUCGUGUCUGCCCAUUUGGCGACGAAUCAAGAGGUCAUGCCGUAGCACGAACGAAUCGCGAACUGUUGAGGGUGAACCACGUCUACUUUACUUGGACCCAGAGAACGUACGCUAGUGUAGAUGGUGUAAUAGUCAAUGGUAAGCGUGGCUAGAGGCG